UGACUGCCGGGCUUGUGCACUUCUACUUGUGCUUGGACCUGUGUCCAGUACUGUUGGUGGUGUAGUUACUGGUUUGACUUUCGGUCUUGCUGUCACUAUUUGUUUUGAACGACUUAUUAAGCCGAUGUAUGGGGUUUUUUUUUGAGGUCGGUGCGACCGGUGCUCGUAUAGCGGAACUGGUUGUUCCUGUCGGUCUGUUAGGAGGAAGACCGAUCUCCUUUUUUUGUUAGUUUUAUUAUUAGGUCUGAGCAUUUUAGACCCACGAGUGUCGGAGAAAAGUUGUCCGCACGUGCAUAGCUCCGAACUACAUGGGUAAGGCUAGUUAUUAUGGAGCACGCCAGGUAUCCGUAAGCUCCGUUCGAGACUUGGUUAUUAACGAUAAGAACCCCAGCCUGACAGAUUCUCGGCAGGAGUCGCAUCACACCUUAAUCCAGCCCUUCAGCACCGACCACGUUAAAAAUAUUUUGAAUAAUGCUGUACUAUUGAAGAGUAUCGAACACUAAUCAUAGUACCCUUAAAUUAGCAAAGUACCUCCUAAAAUUAGGACAACUGUGGUACUUAUUUCCAGCCGGCACCCUCGGGGAGGGUUCAGUGGAGGAAUUUCGCCAGCCUUAUGCUAAGGUGCUCAAAUUUCAUACAGUUACAUUAAUUACGAAUACCUUACUUAAGCCGGAAAGCAAUAAUUAUUUGAAAAGGAGGCGUGGCACCUACACUACAAAUUUAAAUCUCAUAUUGUGUUUACAAAUUAAAUGAAUCAGCGGAAAAUUCAAAACCUUAAAACUAUUUGUAUGGAUCGUUUGAAAAAAAAUUACAUAUUUUAUCGCAUUGUAUAAUUCAAUAGAAAUUGAAUAAAACCUAUUAUUUACAGUGAGAAUUCUUAUUGGGUGAAUUUUCGACCUCGGGAGAUGCUAGUAGUAAUAAUUUAUUGUCAAGUACCGAUUUACACACGGAGACAUCUAGAAGGGUGACACUGGAAAUAUGAUACUUUUGAUGCUUCAUUCGUAGCCACUCGGGCGAAAAUAUUUUCGGCAACAUUCUUUGUUUUUGAAGUUUACUUCUUUAUCAUCUUUUGGUGCAGAUAUAUUCUACAACCCGUUAACAUGUAAAGCGGAGAACGUUCGUCAAUAGUUUCUUAAAUAUUUCUAUGCAAAAUGCUAACAGGACUGGUUAAAUAAUAAAUCAUUUCUUAUUUUUUUUUAUUUACAUAUAUUUAUAGCGCACGCUCGACAACGUGAACGCUCUAAAGCGGGAACCCCCCCAAGCGUGAACAGACAUUUUUCUGCAUUGACUACUCUAAAACGUGAACAAAUCCAAAAAACUCUAUAGCAUGAACAAUAAACGUUACAAUUAUUUGAAUGUAGCUUACAUUGAUCUCAAGUAAUUCUAAUUAUGAAGCAGGCAUUUUAUUCGUAAUUGCAUGUAAGGAGUAAAAUAUUUCAGUCGCGGUUUGGUUUUGGAAAAAGUGUUUUGUCUUAUGUUUUCUGUUGAAAAUGAGUUCUAAAAAAACCCGUGUGCUUGACAUUAAAAUAAAAGACAAAAAUUCUCGGCUUUUUAAAAAAAAACUCAUCUGUGACGAUUUUAGCAAAGAAAUAUAAAUAAAUCAACAAUUUGUAACAUUAAAGCGAAAAAUCAAGGGAUUUUAAAAUGCGUAAACAACACGUAUUGUGGACCUGGAAAUAGAAAAACACUGCGUGCUUCAGAGUUGCCUAAAAUGGAGAGAGCUCUUUAUCGUUGGUUUAUCCGAAUGCGAGAUAAAAACUGGCGAGUAAGUACUCUAAUGUUGAAGGGAAAGGCAAAAAAACUGCAUGAAAAAUUAAAAAAAAAAAAAAAAUAUCAGGCAAAAAACUGUCUUCUCAACCACAGCUAGUGGAUCCGUUUAAAGAAAAACUUUAAGAUAAAAUGGCCGAAUUGGAGUUGUGCAAUGAUCAGUUAUAUAAUGCUGAUGAGUCGGGGUUAUUCUGGAGACUUUUGCCAGAGCAAACGUACGCGUCAAGUUUGGAGAAGAGAGCCCCAGGGGUAAAGUCCGAGAAGAAGCGAAUCACGUUUUUAUGCUGUUCAAACGCCACUGGAUCCCACAAGCUUCAGCUUUUGGUAAUUGGAAGGGCGAAGAAUCCACGUUGCUUUAAAAAGGUUUCAGUGUCUCACUGACUAUAAGUGCUCGAAGUCUGCCUGGAUGACGUCGGCUAUUUUCAAGCAAUGGUUUCAUGAGUCAUUUGUUCCACGGGUAAAUAUUCCUUUCAAGUUUUGUCCGAUUUUUAAGGUUAACUGGUUGUUUUUUAAGGUUACAUCAUUUUUAAACGAGAAAGCCUUACCAAUUAAAGCUCUCCUCCUAAUCCACAACGCUCCUUCUCACCCAAAUGAAACUGAACUGACAACGGAGAAUGGGCAAAUUUCGGCAAUGUUUAUGUCACCAAACGUUACUCCCCUCAUUCAACCGAUGGAUCAGAAUGCAGUAAAAAUCACUAAGUUGCAGUACAGAAACAGCCUUCUAGCUUCAAUAGCAGCGACAAAGUCUGAUUUGCUCGAGUCGUUGAAAAAAUUAACUUAAAAACAGCUAAAAUCCUUUUGGAUACGGCUUGGUUUCGUGUUGGUGAAGCAGCAUUAGCUAAGUGCUGGAACAGUAUCUUAAAUUUUGCUGUAAACAAUGAUGAUCCUGAAGAUUAUGUUCCGUUGGCGGUUUUGAAAGAACAAUGGGAAGCUGAACUUCGCACCUUGAUGAGCAAUACCGUUGAUCUCCUUAUAGUAGUUUAAAUCCUGAGUUUCAUUCGUGUUCGCAGAUAUGCUCAAAGAUAUGUAUGUGGGUUAUUGAAAACACUUUGUUUUAUUAAAAAUUUCAGAUUGAAUUCACAUUACCAGCCAUUCGUGAAUGGAACGAAGAUAUCGAGGAGGGCAAUGCAGACGACGAUCAUCUACAAGAGGACGAGUCCGAUGAUGAUAGCGUAUCUGAGCAACUGGAGAAAAUUAAGCCGACUGAAGCAGUUGAAAUUUUCAACAAGGCGUUAAUAUGGGCUGGUCAUGAAGACGUCGAUCAAAAUGAUAUGAGUGUUCUAAGACGGUUAAGGGAGAAAGCUGUGCUUCAAGUUUUAGAAAAACAGAAGAUACAAAAAAAUAUGACUGAUUUUUUUAAAUUAAACCAUCGCAUGACUUUAUUUUCGAUUAAGAUGUAACGAAAAUAAGAGUAGAAUGUAGAAUUUAAAUGUGAAAAAAUAUAUUUACUAAGUCUUUUUGAGCAUUCCAAACGUGAACACUCUUGUUGACGUGAACUGCCUUGGUUGGAAUUAGUUCACCUUAUCGAGCGUGCGCUGUAUAUAAAUGGUUGUACUUGAGUAAAAAAAAAAUUAAAUUAAAAAUUCUUCAUAAAUAAAUACUUAAUUGAAAAUAAACCUAAGUAUCUAGAAAUAGAAAAAAAUUUAGUAUUCUACAUAAACAUGUCCCGUAUGUUUUUUAAGUCAUACGUACCAAGCAGUUCUGAUGUUUGUCAUCGUUCAUUUUUACCAUUAGGUUGAAAACCAACACAGAACUCAGAACUUUCUCCCAUAAAAGAAGAAAACGAAUAAAGCAUCUGUAAAAAAUUGUUUUCCAGCCAACUUUAAGAUUGGAAAUACUAAUAAGAAGCGCAAAGCGUGGCGCCAGUAAGGGAGACCAAAUCCCUUCUCUCUUCCGCGGCCGUCCUCCCCCGAACAAAAUGUUUUCCUUCCAAAUGUUUCCCUGUGUAAAUCGGCGCCAACCAAUCCCAAGUCAGGUAUCGAUAUAUUAGUGGUUCGUAUUCCGCUUUCGCCUUAUUUCAGACAGUGUAACUCCAUUUUAAACAAGAAUGGUGAAAUUCUGUACCUUAUAAAUGCGUGAAAUGAUUUAAAAAUUUCUUGUGAAGGAUGUACUAGGUGUAUUUCAAAAAAUAUUUGACAGACAAGAAAUCUCGGUAUAUAUUAUAAUAACAGUAUACGGUUUCUGUGGAAAUAAAACUUAAGUCUAAUCCCAAAAGUUUUUGCCAUUUUAUUACCUCUAAACGAAAACCAAAUGGUUUUCCAACCAGUGUGGAGUAUGACAGUGUUAGUUUAAGCAAUACUCAGGACUCUUGUGAUCUAUUUGCAGGUUGCUUUGAGAGGGCUUAUGUAAGGCAUGACCCUACGCCACUUUUAGGUUUAACCUUUCUAUCGUUAGAAAUCAUCAGAAAUUUUGAUAUUAAUGCAUGUGUAUGAGCCUAUCUACAAAUAGGUAACCGUGAUAAUGUCCGCAGCUAUAUACUCGUACUUACUGUUAAAAAAUGUACUAUGGAUGAAGUAUUCCAUUCUUUUAUUCAAUUAAAGUAAUUCAUUCACGUGAGCAAGUUUAUUUUUCAACUGACAACAUAGUUUCCUGCCCAGUAGAUCAACUUUUUCUGAUCUUGUUCUAGUUUUUAAUAAAAUAAUAAACAUAAAUUUUAAUAAAAUAAUAAUCAAUAACCAUCCACAUUUAGAUGUAAAAUCUACAGACUUAUCAAAAAAUCACCACGGUCGCUGUCCAUGUUGCUUCAUUGCCUCUGAACAAUGGACAUACCUACAUAUGUACAACAUGCAUCACGGUCUACAGAAACAAAAGGUGUCGGAUUUCGAAAAUCAAUACUUUAUUUUUCGCGAUUUUGAGAACCGGCUGACGUCAUGAACUAUAAUAAUACAAAACAAAUAAACGAAACAAGCAAAAGGAAGAGAAAUUAGGCUUAACGCGGCCGGCUAUAUAUUCAUUCCCCUCGAGCCAGUAUGCAUACCCAAUGCUUGGUCCGGAUAUGACACCUUCGUGGCAUACACCAUCUGUAUAUUCGGCAGCAUCUAGUUUUAGAAGUCCCUAUCCCUCCUCAUUGCCCAUCAAUACAACAUUAUCAAGUGAUUUCCCAUUCCGAUUUUCCCCGAAUCUAUUGCCUUCAGUACAUACUUCACCGCACCAUGUACUCAAUUCGCACCCGGCGAUUGUGACACAUGGUCCCAAACCGGACUGCAGUCAAGAACCAACAACGAAUCAUCGAUAUUCAAGCUUAUUAUCCAUCAGGAAACAACAACUAUGCAUUCAAAUCAGAACUCAGUGUAAUGCUGGAAACAGUCACCGACGUAAAUGCAGUCCCCUGUCAGCUGUUGCGAUCAAACUAAUGAGAGCCCUAUGUAAAUGAAAAAUUACUUCCCUUCCGUAACGUAGUAUCGUAGAUUUUAUCGCAGGAUUUUUGAAAAUUCCCCUCAGGAUUGCUCUCUCACCACACAGUGUUGCCAAACAGUACAAUUCGAAAUCAUUUACAAAAUA